CAGAAGCAGCCAAUGGCGGAGCUCGCUGCUCGGAGUGAUCCCGCCCACGUGUCAGCUCCGGGUAGGGUGAACUCUGUAGCAAUGGCUGCGCUGUGUCAACAUCUAGAGUGUGUGUGACCGGGAGCCCUCCUCCGUGUCAGGGCCCGCAAGAAUGCCAAGUACCAUAUUAUGGGCAUCUGACAUCUGGGGCAAGGUAUAUACUCUAUCUACUGAUGGACAACAGUGGGAUCUGUGUAAAGAUGGACAGCUGGAGUUCAAACGCCUUUCUGCUGUGCAAACGUGCUGCUGGGGAGUAGCAUCCAACCAUCAUAUAUACGUCUAUGUGCAUGCCAGCGACUUACCGAUUCGAUUUCAAGAAGAGACUUAUGAGAAUCAGCGUUGGAAUCCGGUGGAUGGAUUUUGUGAGAGGCUCCUGCCCAGUGACCGCUGGCAAUGGAGCGAUGUCACUGGUCUAAAACACCAAACGCUAGACAGCUUUAUUCUGCCCUCCGCACACUGGGAGUGGGAGUCAGUGUAUGUGGAUGAGAAUAUAGGAGGAGAACCCACAGAAAAAGGAGGCUGGACAUAUUCUUUAGAUUUCCCUGCAACAUACACGAAGGAUAAGAAGUGGAAUUCUUGUGUGCGACGCAGGAGAUGGAUCCGAUACAGAAGAUACAAAUCUAGAAAUACCUGGGCAAAGAUUCCCCCCCACAUUGAGAAAGAUCAGCUACCAGAUCCUUUCAAUGACAUAUCAGUUGGCGGAUGGGAAAUCACAGAUGAACCUGUGGGACGGCUUUCUAUUUGGACCGUUUCUUUGCAAGGGAAGGUUUGGUACAGAGAAGAUGUCUGCCAUGACAAUCCUGAAGGAUCAUCUUGGUCAGAAAUAGAAACACCUAGUGAGGUCAUACAGAUAAGCUGCGGCCCUGAUGACCUCUUAUGGGCCGCUCUAUGGGAAGGACAGGUCAUUGUAAGGAGAGGGAUCUGCAGGAAUAAUCCUAAAGGCACUUCCUGGGAUGUUGUGGAAGCGCCCACAUCUGAAGAUGGCAUUAUGCACGUGUCCGUUGGUGUUCAUGUGGUUUGGGCUGUGACUAGGGAACGCAAGGUGUGGUUUAGAAGAGGAGUGAACUCACACAACCCAUGUGGUACUAGCUGGAUUGAAAUGGUGGGAGAACUAGCGAUGCUGAGUGUUGGACUUAAUGAUCAGGUCUGGGCUAUUGGAUAUGAAGACAGAGCAGUAUAUUUUCGGCAAGGUGUUACCCCAAGUGAGCUCAGUGGGAAAAUGUGGAAAGCCAUUUUGGUUCCCAGAGAAAGUGACAGGUCAAACUCUGGAAGUGUCUCCAGCAUCAACAGUGCUGGCUGCUUCUUUGGAGAUGAAGUGAAGGGUCACACGGAUUCAGUCAUUCAGUCUGAUGUAGAUUCAGAAGCCGAACAAUCACAAUUACAAGAGUUGGCUUCCAAUACAUUAGACGUCAAGGCAAUCGUCAGUGCAGAUGUUCCUUUGGACCCCCAAGAAGAAGCUAGUGCCAGUUGUGAUGAAGUUCCUGCACACUCCAAGAUGACCAGAGCUCCCCAGUGGAGCAGCAUUGAUCUGGUUGAGGCUCGCAUCAAUGCACUCCAACCUACAGAUGACACUGCCAACCUCUCCGUAUUUGAGACCUUCCCCGAAGGAACUGAAGAUUCUUUUGGAAGAGAUCUAUAUCCCUUAUGGACGUGGGUUUCUGGAGGAAGUUGUCUUGUGGACUCUCACAGCAAUCUUAAAUGGUUUACACAACAAGCAGGUUUGACAGCCAGUAUGCAGUCAAUGUCAUUGUCUAUCACCCCGGCAAAUACAGCAGUUUGGAGGAAACAGAUAUUUGACCAGCUCAGUGAACGCACCAAGAGAGAACUGGACAGUUUCAAACACUAUGAACCCGCCGUAGAUCAGUCUGUUUGGGUAAAAACAGGCACUUUGCAGUGGUGGAGAGACUGGAAACCAUACAAGUGGAUUGAUGUUCGGGUGGCCCUUGAGCAGGUGACAGCAAAUGAUGGCUCCAUAGACAGCAUUCUCUUUAUUUACUACACUCACUAUGAGGAGAAAAAGUACUUGCACUUAUUUCUCAAUGAGAUCACUAUUGUCGUGCCAGUUCUUAAUGAUGCUAAACACUCAUUUGCCAUUUACACUCCAGAGAAGACGAAGCAGAGGUGGCCGGUCCGUCUGGCAGCCACCACCGAGCAGGAGAUGCAUGACUGGCUCAGUAUUUUAAAUAGGUCUUGCUGUGAAAUAAGAAAAGUAGUGGGACCUCCAUCCCACCAGGCAAUCUGGUCCAUCACCUGUAAGGGGGACAUAUUUGCGAGUGAACCAUCAUCAGAUUUGGAGUUCCUGACCAGCACACGAUCAUGUGACCAAAUGUUUUGGCGUCAGAUAGGAGGACACCUGAAGAUGGUGGAAAGCAGCAGUUGUGGUGUUGUGUGGGGCAUUGGUUAUGACCAUACAGCAUGGGUUUAUACUGGAGGUUAUGGCGGAGGAUUCAUGCAAGGAAUGGACAGUAGCACAAAUAACAUCUUUCCCCAGUCCGACACAAAUUGCGUGUACAUCUACGAAAAUCAGAGAUGGAACCCGGUCACUGGAUACAGCAGCAUUGGACUAUUAACCGAUAGAUACAUGUGGAGUGAUGCCAGUGGAUUACAGGAGUGUACAAAGACCAACAUGAAACCUCCAUCGCCUCAGUGGUCUUGGGUCUCUGACUGGUUCAUAGACUUUAAUGUAUCUAGAGGAACUGAUAAAGAUGGGUGGCAGUACGCAGGAGACUUCCCAGCGUCUUAUCACGGCAACAAGACCAUUAAAGAUUUUGUGAGACGAAGACGCUGGGCCAGAAAAUGCAAAAUCGUGACAAGUGGACCGUGGUUGGAGGUCCCCCCCAUUUUGUUAAGGGAGGUCUCCAUAUUUCCAGGAAGAAUAAUCAAGGAUGAUGAAUUCAUUGCUCUCUGGGCCAUCAGCAACAAGGGGGUCGUUCUCUGCCGGCUGGAUGUCACAGUAAAGACUCCUUCUGGAUCUUCAUGGCUUCAUGUUGGCACAGAUCAGCCAUUCAUUUCUCUGUCAGUGGGAGGAUGCCAUCAGGUGUGGGCUAUAGCACAGGAUGGAUCAGCCUUUUACCGUGGUUCAGUGUCCUCCAGUCAACCAGCAGGAGACUGCUGGUAUCACAUACCCUCUCCACCAAAGCAGAAGCUGCUCCAGGUCUCCGUAGGACAGACGUCCGUGUUUGCCGUGGAUGAGAAUGGCAAUUUAUGGUUUCGACAUGGGGUCACACCAAGUUACCCUCAGGGAUCUGCCUGGGAACAUGUGUCAAACAACAUUCGCAAGGUUUCUGUAGGGCCUCUUGAUCAGAUUUGGGUGAUUGCAGAUAAAGUCCAGGGCAGCCAUAGUCUGAGCUGUGGUACAGUCUGCCAUCGCCUAGGAGUGCAGCCGAUGGCACUAAAGGGACAAUCCUGGGACUAUGGCAUUGGGGGAGGCUGGGAGCACGUGACAGUCAGGGGUAAUUCUGGCUACCAUAAUGUCCAGUCUGAAACCACCGCCACAAAGACCAUCAAGGAAGAUGACAAAAACAAGGAUCCAGAACCGUCUACUGAGUCUGAAACCACAGCUACGAAGACCAUGAAUAUCAAGGCAGAUGACAAAAAUAAGGAUCCAGAACCGUCUACUGAGUCUGAAACCACAUCUACUAAGACCAUGAACAUCAAGGCAGAUGAUAAAAUUAAGGAUCCUGAGUCUGAAAAUGCAAGCAAAAGUGCAGAACGUUGUUAAAAUAUACAGGCAGAUGCCAUAUUUAGAAUCUUACAAUAUACAGAGUUUCAGUAUAUGGUGUAUGUAGGUAUUACUAGCUUCAUGUGAAAUUUGUUGCCUACAGUUUCCUUUCAGGUUAGAGCUACAUAGUGAUCUUUGUCAUACAACAGGAUAUGCCCUGUGUUUAUUUGCAACAUUAAAGGGGUACUCCACUGCCCCAGUGUUCGGAACAUUUUGUUCCAAACGCUGGGCUAGUGGAGUACCCCUUUAAUAUUUCACCUUUCCAGCUGUAGUAUGUGAUCCUUAAAGGUCUACUUUUAUUCCCCAGAACCAGGGCCACUCUUCUCCUGGCCUCUGACUGCUAUUGUUGAUUCAGUACCAGACACUGCCCAUAAGGUAACAUUGAGGCUCUUUCUUGACGGGAAAAAUCUCAGACACCCCUGUAACAUCAGAAAUUAAACUGCAACAUUUCUGGCACAGUAAACGUCACUGUGUAGCCCCAGCGGUGGGUAAGAGGGUGAACAAAUCCCUUCUAUUGUAGCAUGCACUGGAAUAAUCAUUUGAUAUUUAAAGGGGUAUUCCAGGAAAAAAAUUAUAUAUCAACUGGCUCUAGAAAGUUAAACAGAUUUGUAAAUUAGGGAAAAAAAAGGGGUGUAUGUGCAGCUCACAAUUAAUAAUACACACCGAGGUCAAACUAGGGCAUGCAACUAUACCUUAAUUGCACAAAAAAGGAAAAACCAGUAGUAAAAAAUUGCCCGGACCUUCUAAGUGAGUGAGUAUAGUUAUAGGUAUUUGAAUAAAUAAUUCUCGGGAUCGUGCUUCAAUAAUAAUAAUAUCAACAAUUUAUUAAAAUAAGAUAAAUAGACUAUGAUUAGUUACUUCUCACAGGGCCCAUGUGAGAAGAACAUAUACAAUAAAAACAACCUUUCAAUAAUAUUGUGCAUAAAAUGAAAUAUGAAUAACGAGGAUUAUGACAAUAUCACUGGCAUAGAUAUAGUUUCUAAUGUGCAGCUGGUGUUCGUCCGCUGGUAUGCAGGCACCGACUGUACAAAACAAGCGAAAUGUAGCUGAAGGUGCCUGAGUGAUCGUUUCCCUCUUUAAAUGUUCAGAAUAUAAUGUAUCCUUAUAAUAAUUAGACAAUCUGCAACAGUUUCAAAUAUAUGUUACCGAUCCUUAUAGUGGCAACCUGGGUAAGAGGCGUUGUUACCGCAGUGUCUAGGUGGUGUCGGUACACUGGGUCCUCUGUGCAACGUUCCAGGUGGUAACGGUGUGUUCCAGUAAGGUCCUGGUAGAAGCGGUGGCGAUUACUUCUGGCUGAUGGCGCUUGCAGGCGCCGAUGGUCACAGAUCGCCGGGAGGACGCUGGCGCUGGCAGGCGCUGGAGAUGGUAAGUCCUCACCGCUGACUGGAUGGAGACGGGGACCGUGCGCUGGAUACGAGGAGCUCACCUCGUGUUGCCAGCGUGUGACGUCAGCUACUGCUGGAGCCGGGUUCGUUGCACUAGAACUACUUUGCAAUGUUUGGACCGGACAAAUACCGGACUGGAUGCCCUGAUGGUUUUAGCAGUUCAUAAGAGGUAAACCAGCCGUGGUUGAUAGGCACAAUUCAUAAAUAAAUUGCAUAUAUGCCAGUGGUCAUGCACAAAAGACUAGACUCGUUUCAGGGUUAUUUAAUGUAACCCUUUCCUCAGUAGUCAAAUUACAUCUAUUAAAAAAUCUUAAUCCUUCCAAUAAUUAUUAGCUGCUGAAGUUGAGUUGUUCUUAUCUGUCUGGCUACAGUGCUCUCUGCUGACAUCUCUGCCUGUCUCAGGAACUGCACAGAGUAGAAGAGAUUUGCUAUGGGGGAUUUGCUUCUACUCUGGACAGUUCCUGAGACAGGUGACAUCAGAGAGCACUUAGACAGAAAAGAACAACUCAACUUCAGCAGCUCAUAAGUACUGAAAAACCUGUAUAAAAAGAGAGAAGACCGACGAGCGGCGCCUCGUGUAUUACCCCAAAACGUGUGUUGGAGGUGGGGGGAGAAGGGGAUGACCCCACGGGGCUUGUGGAUGGCCGCUAACCUCAGGAUAGUAGUAAUAGGCACGUAUCCCCAACAGCGUGGGGUACCAUCAAUCUUGAGUCGCUGUCAAGCCAGUAGGUUGCAGGAAUCGACCCAGGUCAUCCUGUAGAUAGGUGAAGGGAAAAUGUGGCAAAAAUAACCCUUAAACCCGGCGCUGCGACUAGUGGU